UAUCUUUGGCCACAACCCACAUGAGAGCAACAAAUGGCAGAAACUUCUGACAACCUUCGAAAGCAGCCAACAUCAACCAAUGUUUUCCAUUUUCUCUAGAAUCUUCUGCUCCCCCGCCAUAAAAAUCAAACACCCACAUCAUUCAGUGAAGUAAAGAGUUCAAUGAAGGGAAUCAUAGUCAAAGAGGAAGAAUCAGUGGCAUUUGUUGCAGCUGGUUCAACAUCAUGUGCAUCUUCUUCUUCAUCUUCAAGCUCAAACCUCUCUCCACAACCCAUGGAAGGGUUACACGAUGUGGGUCCUCCUCCAUUUCUCACCAAGACCUAUGAAGUGGUGGAAGAUCCUUCCACUGACUCCAUUGUUUCCUGGAGCAAAGCUCGCAACAGCUUCGUCGUCUGGGACUCUAGCAGAUUCUCCACCACCAUUUUACCUCGUUACUUCAAGCACAACAACUUCUCCAGCUUCGUUCGUCAGCUCAAUACCUAUGGUUUUAGAAAAGUUGAUCCUGAUCGAUGGGAAUUUGCAAACGAGGGGUUUUUGGCAGGGCAGAGGCAUCUGUUGAAGACUAUAAAGAGAAGAAGAAAUGUGACAGUGACACAGUCACAGGGAAUGCAGCAAGGGGCUUGUAUUGAGUUGGGGGAGUAUGGGCUGGAAGGUGAUAUUGACAGGUUGAGGAGAGACAGGAUGGUGUUAAUGGCAGAAAUUGUGAAGUUGAGGCAGCAGCAGCACAAUUCUAGGGAGCAAUUGACUGCUAUGGAGGCUAGAUUGCAAACCACUGAGAAGAAACAUCAGCAGAUGAUGACAUUCCUUGCCAAGGCUCUCAGUAAUCAGUCUUUUAUGCAACAAUUGGCACACAGGAAUGCUCAGAACAAAGAAUUGCAGGGUGGUCAGAUCAGGCGAAAACGGAGACUGACUGCUAGCCCAAGUGUGGAGAAUAUGCAACAAGACCCUGUGACCAUGAUGGUGCCAAUUGAAUCAGUGGUGGAUUUUACAAGUCAAGAACAAGAAGGGUUGGCUACUGUUGAGCCUGAGAUGGGGUCAAUUUUCUCAGCUGCUUAUGAUAAUGAAUCAAGCAGUGAAAUCAAAGACCCAAUAUCAAGUUCAGUUCCUGCUGCAAGAGGGAGUAAUUUGAGUUCAGUCAGUGAUGCUAUGUGGGAGGACUUGCUGAACCAGGACCUGGUUGCUGGGAACCCUGAGGAUGAGGUUGUAAUUGGUGAUCUUUCCCAAAUUGAUGCACCAUUGGAGGAUUUGGUCUCAAAUCCUGAUGAUUGGACUGAGGAUUUGCAAGACCUUGUGGAUCAUAUGGGUUAUCUUGGGUCAAAACCUUAGUGGUUUUAGUCGUGGAUUUGUCAUUACUUUUGACUUCAAUUUACUCCUUCCCCUUGCACCAAGAUGCUAGGGAAGGUGGUAGUUGCAGAAGAAGCCAACCGAUAUUGCUCUUUAUCUGUAUCCUUUGUUAAACAUCAUAUUUUUGUGAAUAGCUUAAUAUAUCAGUUCUGCUUGUGCUACUAUUUUGAAUUCCCCGCACUGUUUGUAACUCCAUUGUAUAUUUUGCAGGCAGUAUCAAAGGAAGAAAUUCUGAGGAGAGGAAAGAAAUGAUUGACUAGUAAAUGAAAUAGUGUUUAGUCUGCUGAGAUUUUCAAGUGUUUAGGGGGUGAAUAAUAUUAUUUGAUUCAUGGAGAAGUUAUUCUCCAGUGUAUAUUUGUGAAACACACAUUUCUAGUGCUGUUGCAAACACCAAACACCUCUUACUCGAAUGAUUUGUUUAACUACGGUGUUUUCUUAAUGUUUUCUUAAUCACCAUUGCCAGAUAAUCCUUGAUAGUUUCUGCAAUGCCUUCUCAAACGAGAAAACAAUUGAAGAAUAGUUCAACAUUUGCUACCUAAGCAAAAUUGGUAGGCCGAUAGCUUCAAUUUACCUAGAACUCAGAAGUGCAUUUUUGAAUAUACGAUAACAGAUCACAACAGAUCACAGUGAGCUAAAAUCAUGAAGUUCAGCUACUCAAGCCAAGAAUAACAUCUAUUGAACGUGUUAUGAGGUCAAGAUAUCCAGAAUGUUUGGACAUACGCUCGACUUUUGACUGUAUUUAAAGAAGGAUUAUUCUUAUUCAAGAAAAGUGUCAUGAUUAUGGUGCCAACAGUGGCAGAACUUACUAAAUAUGGGGGCCAUGAUUGCCUGAUAAUCUUUGAGUUAGAGUUAUGCUCAGAAUUAAGCAGUUGCACAUCAACUUAGAUCUAAUUCCUCUGUCUGUUUGGAGAUUGAUUGUUUAACACUCUUUUUGUUAUGUAGGAAAGCAGGGAGUGAGAGGUCUUACUUGUCUAUUUUAGUGCAGGAGACAAUUUCCUUAGUUGCAUAUUUUGAUUCUGUUGGUUUUACUUUUGUUUGUCAUUUUAGUAAUUCUGUUGCAGACGUUUAGCUCGUAAUGUUGUGUCUUCUGACCAUUAUGUUUGGUGGGGGGAGGGGGGGGAGAUGUUCCCCCGGGCCUUGCGACGUUUGUAAACUCUGAUUUGCUGGCGUAUUUGCCUGUGGAUGAAACUGUUAAAAAUUA